AUGACUUUUUACACCUCUAAUAAAUAUGGGGAGUUGACACUGGGUUUUUCCAGCUCCAACAACAUUGUGGUGAAUGGAUUAGCAUCCCUAAACAGCCAAAUGUUCCACAUAGUGAUCAACGGGUGUCAAAAUGUGAAAAUGCAAGGUGUGAAGGUUUCCGCCUCCGGUAACAGCCCCAACACCGAUGGCAUCCACGUUCAAAUGUCUUCUGGAGUCACCAUUCUCAACUCCAAAAUUGCAACUGGUGAUGAUUGUGUCUCAGUUGGCCCUGGCACCACCAAUUUGUGGAUUGAAAACGUUGCAUGUGGACCCGGCCAUGGAAUCAGUAUUGGGAGCUUAGGAAAGGAGCCACAAGAGGAGGGUGUCCAAAAUGUGACAGUUAAAACGGUUACCUUUACUGGUACUCAGAAUGGUGUAAGAAUUAAGUCUUGGGGGAGACCUAGCACUGGAUUUGCGAGGAACAUUCUUUUCCAACAUGUUGUAAAUGUCAAUGUUCAAAAUCCCAUCGUCAUUGAUCAAAAUUAUUGCCCUGGAAACAAAGAUUGUCCUGGUCAGGUUUCUGGAGUUAAAAUCAGCGACGUGAUAUACCAAGACAUUCAUGGUACAUCGGCAACACAAGUGGCUGUGAAAUUCGAUUGUAGUUCCAAAUACCCUUGUAGUGGAAUCAGAUUGGAGGAUGUGAAGCUCACUUACAAGGACCAAGCAGCUGAAGCAUCAUGCAAGUAUGCAGGCGGAACAGCGGCCGGUACGGUUCAACCUUCAAGUUGCUUGUAG